UCCUCUAGCGUUGCUUCCUGGGACUGUCCACCAUCCCUUUAAUUGCAGGAAGCCCAGGACAGAAACAGCCAACGGACAUUUAUUUAUUCAUUUCAUUCAUUCAUUCAUUCUGCUGUUUUCAGCCAUGGCCGACGUUCCGCCCGUAAUAAACAUCUCGGUGUCUUUAAAGCUGGAGCCCAACGACGGCCCCGUGUUCUUCAAAGCGGACGGGUCGCGGUUCGGACAGACGAGGACGAUAAAACUGCUGACGGGGUCGAAAUACAAAAUCGAGGUGGUGAUGAAACCGGGCAAGGCGGAGGCCACCUCUAUGGGAAUCGGCCCAAACAGCUUUCCUCUGGAGCAGCAGUCCAAAGACGACGAAUCGGUCGUGUACUAUGGGUUUUACGACACGGAGGGAGUUCCGCACACCAAAAGCGGUGACCGGCAGCCUGUGCAGGUCUCCAUACAGUUCAAGGACGCAGGAGUCUUUGAAACAGUGUGGCAGGUGAAGUACUACAACUACUACAAGCGUGAACACUGUCAGUACGGCAACAAAUUCACCUGCAUCGACUACGAGGUGAAGCCCAACGAGACGCGCAGCCUGAUGUGGAUCAACAAGGAGGUCUUCCAGUAAGAGGCAGCCAUCCUAGCAAUAACUGGCUGGAGCACAGCAGCACGACACCUGUGUGGACAGUAACCAUCACUGGGCAGUUUAUGUACUGGACGGAGGGUUCUGUUUUUUUUUAAAGGAAAGUUUUGGCCAAAGAUGCUAACACUGCUGACAGCGGGGUUAAAAUGUGGGACCUGUUAGCACGAGAAAUUCCUAUAAUGCUAACCGGUGAAUGCCAAUUUCCAUUCCUGUUAGCGUGUUAGCAUUUCUGCCUGAGAUGUUCCUUUAACAGAAAGAGAAGAGGGCCUUCAGUCUAUGGGAUCAGCUCUGUACACCACUGAACGAAAGAACGCUGUUUUUUGUGUAAUUGAUUAUGCAUGAAGAUCUUUUUACACGUUAUUAGUCAAUCAGGGACCACAGUUUUAACCCCUCGAACCCUAAGUUUGUCGUUCAGUUAUACAUUUUAAGAGGCAUUAUCAGAGAAGCUGAUAUUUAAGAUCACAGACAGAACCAAAAAAACCCUCCAUACUUGCAAUUUUCACCCAAUUUGAAAUGUCAGCUGCUCCUUACAUCGUGUGAAAAUAUAAUGAUGAGUGCAAAGCCUCCUGCAAAGUGUCCGUUUUGGAGAUGCAUACAGAAAGAAGAUAUAAUAUGAACUGAAGCGCGAGCCCAUACAGACUCUUAGGGUUUAAGGGGUUGAAAGAGUUCAUAGCGUUACAAUCAUUUUAACUGUUGGAGUGUUUGAAGAGAUACUCGCUCUACCAAUGAUGUUCUAAUUGCACUGCAACUCUUCUGUGUGGCUGGGCCCUUUCCUACGAGCAUCGACACAACACAUAACAAACCUCAGGUAACCCCAGAACAUACUGGAUACCUGAACUGUGUGAUAUAUUUAUGUGCACUGACCUCCCUCACUGUCUGCUUGGCAGAUGUAUAGUGAAUUGACCUCUCCAUGCCCCGCCCACAACAGCAACUGUUGCUAGGUUGGAUGAGCCUUAACCAGUUAGGUUUGGGUCUACAUUUCUUGCUUGGCUAUGUUGUUGUAGUUAUUCGAAACUCGGCAGGUUGGAAAGCACAACGAAUGCUAGCUUGAUGGCAUUCGAUUCGUCCUGGCACAUCCUGAAUAUAAUUUCAAAUAAUUCAUUCUAUAUUUUGACAAAACUGAGUUCUAAGUUUGUUUUGUUUUUUCCAAGCUAACAUUAGCAUGAUGGUGAAUGUUUCGUACCUGUCUAGUUUCAAUUAGAACAACAUAGUUCAGCUUAGCUUAGCGAAGCUAGUGCUGUGUAGCCAGUCUAAACUCCUAAAUUCAUUCACUUUAAUGGGAUCUUUACCAAUCUUCUCUAAAGCUAAUUCAACUUUGCAACACUUACCGCAAGAUGAUGCUUUUGGAGGCAGAACACUGAUUGGUCAGGUAGGCCCAUUAACCAUAGCUAGUAGUACAGCUACCCAGAAAAGGCCUAGAGGAGGGACUAUUAACUGAUUUUGGACUAAUUACAGCCACCCAAAAUUACACAGUACAUUUUCUGUCCUGUCUUGGUUACCAUUACAAUAAAACUUCUUUUCAGCAUAAAGCCUUACUGUAGGCAUGCAGUAACUCCAGUAUUUUAGCUGUACUAAGGGCAGCGCUCAAUAAUGCUCGCUCAUGACGGGUGCUGUCUGCAUAUACCUAUACAUUUGAAACGGUUUAUUGAAGUAAUAUGAUAAAGACCGGUCAGUGGACAUUGUAAUGUUCUUCUGGGACUAGCACUGGUCAUUAUUUAUUAGUGGACGGUGUGUGUAUUUAUUGUGUGAAAGAGUGUUUGACAUGUUUCCGGAUUCUUUUUGUUUUUAUAGAUGUUAAUCGCUUCUUCAGUGCUUUUUUUAAGUUGCCUACCUCUUCAUGCCAGGAACAGUGACGAGGAAUUGAAGGUCCGCUGCGCUUGUAUUUGUGUUAAUUAGUGAUGAAUUCAUCUGAUUUACUGUAAUCACAGACUACAGAUGUGUUUAAGUUUGUGCUUCAUGGUUAAAAUGUUAUGUUCUUCCAUAACAAGCUUGACAUACGUUCUCACUAAUUUGAGUUGAAGAAGAAGGAUCAUUAUGGGUGCUGCUAAAAUUAUGGGACGUUGUAGUUGGGAAAGAAGGCUGUUUGUAGAGAAACGCCUCUAAAGUAAAAGGAAAUCUAGAUUAAAUGGCAGCAAAGUUGAAGUGGGCCUUUAAUUCUGAGUUUACUGAAGGAUCUCAUGACUUAUUGCUUGUAUUCAUGCUUUUUAUUAUAUUGGCUUGUGUGGUGAUUGUGUAUUUUUUCUCUGUGAGUGUCAGAUUUUUUUAAUUUAUGAAAUUGCUGUGUGACUCUGAGCCAAACCGUUGACUUCUUUUGUAAGAUAAAAAGGCUGUAAUGCUUAAAAGGUCUCUGUGUUUCAAUACCCAUAAUAUUGUCAUAGUCAGAAUAAAACCUUUACCAUUA